UGUACCUCUGGGACCUAGACCCUAGAAAUAUUUACGUACAUUCGUAUCCUUGUAAAACCGUAUAUGAACUCGCACUAUACUAAACUUGAGGAGAAAAGCUUGAACAUUUACCCUUGUUUGUGGCAACCCAGAUUCUAAAGCUUCAAUCUUUAGCUCUCUCCGAUGCUUUUCUGGGAAGAUAGGGUAUAUCUUUUUAGUGCAAGUUGCUACACUUGACUUAAUUACUUCAGCACGCCACAGCAAUUUGUCCCUGUAAAAAGAUUUUGAGCAGAUCCAACUUAUCUUCUCUGAGUUAAGCAUCCAGCUGUCUGCCAUGCAAGCAGCCUGCCUUCUUCAAUCUGCUGGUCUUUUCCCCAAAAGUGCUCACCGUGGAGGUACCUCUAUCAAACAGGGUGGUUGGAUAAAGUUAAAAUCCCCCAAGUCACUGAGAGUAGGUGAUACCAGAGGAAUCCAAACCUGUAAACUUAAUAUUCCUCUUCGGCCAACAAGGUUAUCUGCUAUCUCCAACGCAGAUGAUGGAAAGCCUGCUUUAUCUGUCGCUGAGGAACAUAUAAUCACAAGCCAAACUUUACAGAAUGAAGCAGAUACAUGGUUAAGUGGAUGGUCACCCCCAAGGCACUUGUGGAGGGCAUUAUCAGUCUUUAUUCUUGCAGGGCAGGUCAUUAUCAGGAUUUUGAAGGGCAAAGUCCACUGGAAGAAUACACUCCAGCAACUGGAAAGAGUCGGUCCAAAAUCAGUUGGAGUCUGUUUGUUAACUGCUACUUUUGUUGGGAUGGCCUUCGCUAUCCAGUUUGUGAGAGAAUUCACAAGACUAGGAUUAAACAGAUCUAUUGGUGGUGUCUUGGCCCUUGCCUUUGCGAGGGAGUUGAGUCCUGUGAUCACAUCAAUAGUCAUUGCAGGGCGUAUUGGCAGUGCAUUUGCUGCAGAGCUGGGAACUAUGCAAGUGUCAGAGCAAACCGACACACUAAGGGUUCUUGGUGCUAAUCCUGUUGAUUACAUGGUGACCCCGAGAGUGAUUGCUUCAUGUAUUACUCUGCCAUUACUUACUCUACUGUGCUUUACAGUAGGAAUGUCAGCAAGUGCUCUCCUCGCUGAUGGUGUUUACGGGAUCAGCAUAAACAUAAUUUUGGAUUCUGCUCGGAGAGCUCUCUCUUCGUGGGAUAUAAUUAGUGCAAUGCUCAAGUCCCUAGUUUUUGGCUUGAUUAUAUCCAUUGUUAGCUGCGGUUGGGGGAUCACUACUUCAGAGGGUGCCAAAGGUGUUGGAGAAUCAACGACUUCUGCUGUUGUAAUUUCUCUCGUCGGUAUCUUCGUUGCUGAUUUUAUCCUCUCUUAUUUCUUCUUCCAGGGAGCAGGAAAUUCAUUAAGGAACGUUGUCUAAAUCAUGAAAUAUGUAUUCUACUACAAAAUUUGUGGUGUUUUACUUUUGUGAACUAUUUUGAAGAAUCCUGUAAUGCAUUUACAGCUAGAGAGUACAUGACUUCUAUUGGCAUUUAGAGUUA